GGGGACAGUAGGGCAGGGAGGCCGCAAUCCCAUUCUCAGUUCGCACAUUGAGAAAAACUGAGAUUGGCGAGGAAUUGCCAUGGCUGCGACGAGCCACGGCGGCGAUUGUGCUCGAGUGUUCUGCCAGGAGUCGUGGUCAAGUUGGGGGACGCAGUUGUGUUCCUGCUGAUAAGAGUCAGAGCCAGUGAUGUGCACGGAGCAGUCCUACAGACCAGUGCUGGUGGGAGUCUGCACCUCGUGCUUGCACAUUCCGUUUCGAGUUAGGGUCGUCGACGGCCCGAAACUCCAGAAAUUGGUCCCGUGCUUCCUUAGUUCUUGAACCAUACGUCCUAAUUCCACUCCGUUCAUCGCGAAUAGCAGCUUGACCUCCGAUUUCGUCACGGUCGUACUUUAUCCCAUUCACUCUGGCUUGUCGGAGGGCCUUCCGUUGUCGCAGCAGGGAGCUAGUAGGCUGCCUGCCAUGCAUCGCACCGCCCCCCCACGAGUAAUAGCUGUAGCUCCACGACCGCUGUCAUCGCAACAGAGCGUACCGCCAGGCACCCUCCCUCCCAGCAAUGCCUCAACAGCCAUCCCGGCUCCCUGUAGCGUCGCUGCCGCUGGCGGCUUCGGCUACGGAUGCGGAAACCUCGGCGUCCCGAGAUUCUUCCCAGCUAUUACGUACACACCCAAUCCCGUCGCUGCAGCCGCAGCAGCAGCAGCGGCCGCCGCUGCAGCAGCAGUAAGCCAGCCAGGACCAGCGGUCCCGUCCGGUGGCUCGUGCGCUGGGAGUGCGUCGAACCAUGGCGCGGGUCCCGGUGCGGCUGCGGCUGCGGCUGCGGCUGUGGCGGCAGGUGCUUGCAGCUUGCGCGGAGCGGCGUUGGCGUCGCGGAGCGGCGUCUGCGCCACGCGCCACAUGGCCUCGGAGCAGAAGCGGAGGGCGCGGAUUAAGGACAAGAUGAAGUCUCUGCGCAUGCUAGUGCCGCACGUCGAGGGUGCUAAUACCGCGGAUUUCCUGAACGAGGUCUACGACUACAUCGUCACCCUGCGACGUCGCGCGGACCCCCACGAUCCUACCGACACCUGUCACCACGCAGUCGGCACCAUUCCCUGCCUCGACCUUAACGCGUCAGCCUCUACCGAGUCGAAAGAAGGUGACCGCGAGACUAUGAGGUGUUCCAUGCCGUCCGUGUGUGCCGCUGCUGCUCCCGCUGCUCUGUCGAAGCCUCGCUCGCGCACUCCCUCAGACAUGGCCAAUACGGAGCCGGAGCUGACGCCCAGUAAGCACUCCGCGCACGCAGUAGACCCGCAAGCGCAGGCAGGUUCAGACGCCUCGGCGCGUAAAUUCGGCGCUAAGUGCGAGACGGGGAAUACGUCCUCCCGCGGCGUGAGCAGCGGCGCGGAGGAGGUGGCCUGGAGCCGAUGCGGGGCGAAGCGAGCCCGCGAGUGCCGCAGUGACGAGGAGGGGGAGGUGCAGUCGGACGAGCAGGACAGGUCGGACCCCGCACGCUCGGACGGUCUUGGGCAGCAGCAGCAUUCGCCGCAGAAAGGGGAAUCUAGGGCAGAGUACAGGCGAGUGGACGAUGUGGAAGAGGAUGUAGACGAGGAAGGGGAGGAUGAGGAGGACGAGGAGGAGGAGGAUGAGGACGAGGGCGAGAGCGAUGAGGAUGUGGAGGAGCAUCCGGGAGGGGAGGCGGAGGGGAAGCGGCAGAAUAGGCAGAAUGACGGGGCGGGAGUCUCGGGCUCGGCUGGCGACGGCGAGGGGUCGAGAGAAGGACGGGGCGUGAAGCCGGAUGGGACGGCUCGGGGGGAGGUUGAAAGAGACACCCGUCCUCUGGAGAUAGUCAGCGCUAAGGAGGUUAAGAUUGACAACUCUGAGUGCGCGCACGCGCACGGUGCUCGUGCUGCCCCCCCCGCCUCCGAGGCGGGCCGGGACCGGUCAGCAUCGGGAAGGGAAGGGUCGGCGAAGGGCGGCGGUGCGGAGAGUGAGAGCGUGGCUGCUGCCGCGGAGUCGGCUGAGGUCGUUGUGGUUCGCCAACCGCUCGCGAAGCAGCCCGAGCAGCGGUCGCGCGUUUCCCCUCGUGUCCAAGCGCAGCAGCGGCAGCAGCAGCAGCAGCAGCAGGUUGCAGCAAGUAGCGCGGUGAAGCACGAGGAGAGCAAGGCGCCGACCCCACAGGCUGCGUCGAAGGCGGUUCUUGGUCAAACCCAGCAGCAGCAUUCCCAGAAGCAGGGUUCGCCGUCUGUCUCCCCACCCAUGGUCAGCAUUGGACGGGCCUUUCAGCGCUCCGCCUUCUCCCCCGCGGCGAGCGGAACGUUCCCUCCCCCUGUUAUCGUCCCCGUGCCCCACGUGGCGCCAUCUCCCCUCCAUCCGUCUCCCCAUGUUCUCCCUUUCCCCAUCGCACCCACUCCCGCCACUGCCUCCGCCGCCGCCGCCGCUGCCGCCGCGGCUGCAGCUGCUGCUGUCGCUGUCUCUGGUGCCUGCAGCGCUCUCCCCCCGUCGAGGCAUCAGUCUCCGCCCAUCUUGUCUCCGCUCCUUCCCGCCGCGCGCCGCCCGCUUGCGCCUGCCCCGCCCGCGCUGGCCGGAAUGUCCAGUGCCGCUCUUUCCGCCGCGUUGGCCAAGCCCCGCCCCAUUGCGCCGAGCACCAAGGACAGGGCCGACGGGGGUGCUCCGCCCGCCGCGCGCAUGUACGCGCCAGUGCCGUGUGGCGGGCAGAAGGCGCUCGGUGCUGGUCCCGGUGGUGGUGGUGGUGGUGACUUGCAUUGCCCGACCCAGAAACACAGGAAGCCCCGUGAGAUCCAGCCAGCCCCUCCUGGCCCCCGCCCUCGCGCCUACGCCCCGGUGCAGAAUCUGCAGAUGAAGCUGCCUCUUCCGCCCGCCGUCCCCGUGCCUGUUGCCAUCCUGCCCGCGCCCUCGCACCUACACCCCAACCCCAUGGCUGCGCCGUCCCACCUGCAUCCCAAUCGCAUGACUGCCGCUGCAGUGGCGGCAGUGGAUGCAGCCGCAGCCGCGCAGCAGUGGGGGGUGGUGGCGGCGGUGGCACAGGCAGCCGCACAGGCCCAGCAGGUGCAUGCUAUGGCCUCCGCUGCUGCUGCCUCCGCCGCCCAGCAGCAGCAGCAGCAGCAGCAGCAGCAGCAGGAUGAGGCAAAAGCUGCUGCCUUUUCUAUCCAGCAGCAGCAGCAACAGCACAAGAAGGGAGGGAGCGGUGGUGGUGGUGCCAUGGUCUCCAUGCCACCAGCGCAUGCACUGCGUCUACAGCAAGGCAAGAUGCACCUGCCAGCACAUGCACUGCCAGGCCACAUGGGGCUCUCCUCCGCUCCGCCCCCCGCGGCGCCUGCCACGCCCGCCGCUGCUCUCCCUCCUGCCAAGCGCCGCCGCCGCUCUGCCAGCACCACUGCAGAAGCACCCGCGCGCACUCAGACGGUUUUCCGCCCUAUUGCCAUGAAGCCGCGCCCAUGAGGUCAUCGUAACAGUGACGCCUGGUUACCAGCGCCGUCUAUGCCGCAGAGCUGGAAGUCUCUGCCAUGUGAAGCUGCAUCACAAUGUGUGCUGCCACCACGCAUGCUACCACACACACCUUCCACGUGUGUGUGUGUGUGUGCAGGCAUCUGGUGACCAGCCACUCAAUUUUGCACUUAGACCUCCCCUCCCCCCUCCCCCCCUCCCCCCCUCCUCCUCCCCCUCUCCCCCAGCUCCCCACCUCCCCCUUUCCCCUUCCCUGUACCCUAGUCCUGCCUCACCUACUGCACAUGCCCAUCACAUUUGCCUCCUCUUACUAAUCACUGUCCUUCCCCACUAGUUUCCUUCCAGUCCCCUCCACACGUACCUUAGCAUUGUGUGCCCCCUACCAACUGCUGAGCAGUGAGCCCUAGCUACUCUUCCCUCCGAUCUUCUCCAAUUUUCCGGUCAUUUUCUGCGGAUCCUUGGUCCCUCUCGGCCCCAAAUUUUGCCCGUUGGGUGCUUGGGUUGGACUGAGCAAUUUUCCCGACCCGCAACGGCCAUGCAUAGUGGGGAAGACUCGUGCCUGUUCCCCCACCCUUGAACCUUCUCUCUGCAUCCACCCGACCACCGACACCGUCACCGCCUGCUGCCUCUGCUGCUGCAAGUUCUCCCUCCCCUAGAAGAAGCCAUCGCAGUGAUCGGCUUGUUGUCAUGUCACGCUGUCUCAUCAGGACCAUGUUCCCAUGCGGGUGCUUUGAGGUGCCUCAAGGUUCUGGUGUGGUGUGGGUGGGCAUGCUGGCGCAUUGGGUGGUUCUCUUCGUUUCUGCUCGCACCGUAUCAAUUUUGUUUGCCUGUGCAUCAUUAUUGUUUAUUACUGAGCCUUCUGGAAUGGAGUUACUCCUAUGUAUGGUAUAUUGAGAAAGCUCGCUACUUGUAGUGCAAAUGGCAUCGUUCUCAUUCCACUGGCAUCAA